AUGAGAUCUAGGAGUGAAAAUUAAAAAAUACAAAUAUCUUAAAUAAUUUCUAAAGCAAAUUAUUUAUAUACUAGAGCAAUAAUGUGGCCUAAAUUGAUGGAUAUUGAUUUGAAGAUGAUUCAUCCAAUAUAAAGUGUUUUAUUGAAUUAAUAAAAUUAAAGAGUAAUAAAGUAUAACAAAAUAUAAUUAGAUUUGAUGUAAUAAGGACUAGAGGAAAUUUACUUGAUUAAAAUUUAAAAACUUAACUUGAAUAAUUACUUACUUAUUAUGUGAUUUCAAAUAAAAUUAGUUAUAAAUAAGGUUUACAUGAAAUUGCAGCUCCAUUUAUAAUAUUUCUAUAGGCAGGUUUAGAAAUAUCUGUUAUUUAUUCUAUGUUCAAUGAAUUUAUUCGAAGAUAUAUGACUAAUUUUUUUGAUAAUGUAUAUAAAAUUAAUAUAUUCUUAGGAUUAUUCAGGCAUUUAAUCAAUAUUAUGUGUUUACAAUUUAUUACUAAAAUAUCAUGAUAUGGAAUUGUAUAAUACAUUAAGUUUACACGAUAUUUCACCUUAAUUGUAUGCUAUACCUUGGUUUAUCACUUUAUGUAUUAACAAAGCUUCAUUUCCAAUUGCAUAAAUGAUAAUAGAAAAUACAAUUCUGAUAAAUGAUAGAUAUUUCAUCUUUAGUUUUAAUAUUGCCAUUGUUAUUUAUAAAAAAAAAGAAAUCUUAUAAAUUAAACCUGAUAAUUUACCAUAUUUUUUGUCAAAAAUAAUUUUAGAUGAUGAAAAGAUCUAUUAUGAUAUUAUUAAAAUAGCAUUAAAAAUACAUACUUAUACACCAAAAUAGUUUUGGAUUUAUUUAGAUUCCUUAAAUCUAUUUAAUCAUCAUGCUAAACCAAUAUUUUUGGAAUAAGAAAAAUAGCCAUUAUUAGAGUUGAUAUAAAUAUCACCUUAUGAAGUAUAGGAUAUGAUUAAUUAACAUAUUUUAUUUACAGAGAAAUGGGAAAUUUAAGAUUUAAAUCACCCAUAGGUAUAAAAAAUUAAAUAAAUAUUCAGUAAAUAAAUUUAUAAUCCUUAAUAACCAGUAUUAAUUUUUGAUUGUUUAGAUGAUGAAGUAAAAUAUAAGAUUGCUUUAAAUACUUUAGUUCAUAUUGUAGACUUAUCAAAGCAGAAUUUAUAAAAAAUAUUGUAAUAAAUAUUCAAUUUUAAAAUGACAAAUAAAUUAUGGAUUUGUUUACUUACAAAUAAAGAUAAUGAGCAUAUAUGUAUUAAUUAAUUAAAUUAUAAAAAAGUCAAUCCAAUUUACAUAGCAUUAUAAGAUGCAAAUACAAAGUAUAUUUGUAAAUGUGACAAAAAAUAAUUUAUUGAGUUAUAUGAAUUAUAAAUUUGA